AUGACCCACUCUCUCAUCUCACCCGCAAUCUUCUACUGGGGCACCCCCGUCGUCCUAGUCACCACCACAAACAAAGACGGUACCCCCAAUAUCAGCCCCAUAUCAUCCGCCUGGUGGCUCGGCAAUCGCUGCAUCCUAGGCCUAGCAGGCAACUCACAAACAACAAUGAACCUACUUCGCACCAAACAAUGUGUACUGAACCUCCCCGACCACACUAUGGUAUCGAACGUCAACGCACUCGCCCGAACCACCGGAACUGAAGACGUUCCCGAGUCAAAGAUUAACCGUGGUUAUCGAUACGAGAAAGACAAGUUCAAAAUCGCUGCAUUGACACCCCAGUCCUCGAUAAUGGUGACUCCACCGCGCGUUCGGGAGUGUCCGGUGCAGAUGGAAGCGGAGCUGGUCGAGAUGCAUCAGUUGAUGAAAGAUGGGCCAUCGGAGCUAAAAGGUGCUCUCCUGGCGAUUGAAGUCAAAAUUUUGCAGACGCAUAUCAUAGAUGUGCUACGGAUGAAUGGCCAUGCUAAUCGUGUGGAUCCUGAUAAGUGGAAGCCGAUGAUCAUGUCCUUCCAACGACUGUAUGGAUUGAGAGAUGGGGAGCUCGCGAACUCUACUCUGGCGGAGAUAGAUGAGGAGAGUUAUCGUCUUCUAUCUUGUCCGAAAGAAGAGUCCUAG